AUGCCGUCCACAGAUUCACUCUACGUACGAUACAAGAAAGCCGAGGGAAAGGCCUUCCGUGAGUUGUUCCCGAAACAGCGCUACGUUGGCUGGAAGCUCAGUCAAUGGCACGGUCACCUGCCUUUGUACGUGAAUCCGCAGACAGCAGCCGAGGUGAUCAGGAACAUUGAAACGUCGAUCAAGCUACGCAAGGAAGUCGCCGAAACCCUCGUUCGCGCCGUAAGACUUCUGCCGGCCGGACCGACGAACACUGGGCACGACCAGCACCGUAUACUUAAGGCGCAGACAAUCGACACGGAUGAAGAAUCCUUGAAUGACGAGUCCCUUGACGAGGCCGGACCGACGAGCAUCGGACACGAGAAGCCCCGUGAGCUUCAGGCGCAGACAAUCGACACUGCCGACGAAUCUUUCGGUGAUGAGUCCCUUGACAGUUUGGAUCGACUCAUGUUCCUGAACGCGGUGCAAUUUUUCAGGCUUGAAGCGAGUGAAAACUUGCGGAAAGCUGGCAAAGGGGAACUUCGGUUAGCAACGGCUUCGAUCAUGUCCAACAUGCAAGCCACAGAGCUUGAUGCCCUCCUGGCCCAAGCUGAGCUGCUUAAUCCCUCGUGGUUCGAACCGCAGGACCUCGUUUCGUGGGGCAUGAAAGAUCCAGCUCUUAACUUUGAACAACUGAUCAUACCUGUUAUGCGGUCAGGGUUGGGACCUUCAGACUUACCCGUCGCGAUUCAGCAUUUGGCCGACUCGCAUGAUCCACGGAAAGAAUCAGACAAGGAAUCCCUCCGCCUUCUCAUCUGGAAGGUUCAUGUUAAUGCUUCCAUCAAAGCAGUGGACAGCAGCGAUGAAGACCACUUCCGCGAGAUUGUGCAACAUAAGGUUCAAGAAACGCUACGUCUGGCUGAACAGCAUCAAGCCCUGAUUGAAACGCUUCUUGAUGUUCGUCAAACCGCCUCGAUGUUUCAUGAAUGGGCUCAAUCAGCAUCGGACAUUCUUUCGAUUGGUCAGAUAGCACAGGUUGCAGAAGCCCAGUCGGCCAUUGUCUAUCGCAUGAUAUUGGAGUUACCAUCCAUAACAAUGUUUGCGUACUUGUGCGAGUACACACGAAUUAAAGAAGAACAGAGCCUCGCUCCAUUAUUGGAGACCUGGUUCACCGAUGCACUACUCAGCAAACACCUUUGCAAGUUCAACGGCCGUGAUAGUUACGAAUAG